UCUGUCUGAAAAUCUCCUUCUCCUUCUUCUUCUUUCUUCUUCUUCUUCGUUCUUUUCUGAAUUAUUUUCAAUGGAGCCCAAUAACGUAGAGCGUAAUCUUCAAUCUCUGAGAAGAUUAUACAGUCUUCUCGUAGCAAAUGCAAGGAACGAAUAUAUUCCUGAGGCAUAUAAGUUGGACGACAACACUCAGUUUUUAUUAAAGCGAUUGCUCGAUUUUGCUUCCCACGAACACUUUGUUACACAAUCAAACUUACUUGCAACACAAUUACGUGUGUUUCCUAAAACGGUUUUACACGGUGCAAAGCCGUCGAACGUGGCGGAUUCUUCUGAGACGACGCCACCUGCAAUGUUGUCUCAGAUCAAUGGUUCUCAUAUUACGCGAGUUAGUAAACCAUUGGAGGCGAAAGGAACAUUGCAGAGAGAUCUGAGAGUUGAUCAGAUUCGGAGCAAUCCUAGUAAGGAUGUUUUGACAGAAGAAGUCGUUGAUGCAAUAGAGCAAAUCGAUACACAACUCUCCGCUUUAAGUUUCGUUUCUAGUCGUGUUGACUCUGAUGAAAGAACAAGGUCUGUCAAGUCCUUUGUAACUCCUCCCACUGAAGAGUGUAGACAAAACAGUCAAGCUUCUAUGCCUUGUUUAAGAAGCAAUUACAUGACGGUGAGUCAGAAAAGUGUGAUUAGUGGUGCAGAAGUAACUUUCCCUUAUAAUGAUCAGUUAGUUCGGGUUACGUCACCACCGCAGCCAUUACCGCCUCGUGCUGUGAGUGGUUUCAAGAAGCCAAAUCAAAGUAAUAGAGCGUCACAAAAGAUGCCGAUUAUGAAACCUACUUUGAUGGAUCAAGAAACCGAAACGUUUGAUGAUGAUUCUUCUGAAACAGAAGCUGACCAAACACCGUCUGCGACAGGUUCUGAGUCGGAAGACGAAGAAGUUUCAACUAGUCAAGAAUACUCUGGGGAAACAGGGUCAAGCUCUGGCUCGGAGUGGGAAACUCAAGCAGAGAAUGACACCGAGUCUAAGUCAGAAUCAUCAUAUCCACCACAGAAUGAUGACUCUGUCUCUGAAGUCAGCACUUCUCCUCCGCAUACAGACAGGGACACAUCAAGAGAACCUGGAAAACAGAGAAGAAAUGUAAUGGGGCGGUUUAAAAGGAUAAAGAAUAAGAUAGGACAAAUAUUUCACCAUCAUCACCACCACCACCACCAUCAUCAUCACCACGACAAGGAAAAGCCAUCAGCUUGGAAUAAGUUGCAGAGUAAAUUUCACCAUAAGCACCAAGAGAAAUCAAAAGAGAGGAAAAGACCGAUGUCAGAAUCCAAAGGUCUUACUACACAUAAGCAGCAACAUCAAGGUGGCCACUUUCAUGCGCUAGUGGAAGGGUUGGUGAGACACAGAAAACACUCAAAAAAACAAAAGCAUCAGCUGAAGAGUGAUGCCAAGAAAACAGAGUGGUGGAAAUUAUUGAAGAAGCGUCAAGGUGGUGGCGUGAAGAUUCCCAAAAGAGGACGUGUGAAGUUGGGAAAAAAAAAACAUUAUUUGUCCAAAAAUGUUUAA